CGGUGUGUGUGUGUGUGGUAGCCGGUGUGUGUGUGGGAGCCGGUGUGUGUGUGUGUGGGAGCCGGUGUCUGUGUGUGUGGUAGCCGGUGUGUUUGUUGGAGCGUUUCCUGCGCCUGGGCCAGUUUCUGGCUGCCUUGCCUAGCUAGGCCAGCUGGCACGAAAAGAGCCAGUAGGGGGGAGACGUGAUCAAUGGCGUCGCAGAGCAAGACACCCUUCAACGUGGACGCACCGCGAUGGGACCAGACGACCUUUGUGGGACGCCUCAAGCACUUCUUCAACAUCACCGACCCGCGCACCGCGCUGCUGUCCAACUCCGAGCUGGAGCGAGCCAAGGAGCUCGUGAUGCUGUGCAGGGCUGGAUCGACUCCACCGGGCACCACCGUGGAGCAGCUGCACUACGCAAAGAAGCUCUACGACUCGGCCUUCCAUCCGGACACCAGCGACCGCAACAACAUCAUCGGCCGAAUGUCCUUCCAGGUCCCCGGUGGCCUCGUCAUUACCGCCGGCAUGCUGCAGUUCUACAGGUCCAUACCGGCCGUGGUCUUGUGGCAAUGGAUUAACCAAUCCUUCAAUGCUUUGGUCAACUACACGAACCGCAAUGCUGCCUCGCCCAUCACGUCCACGCAGAUAGGCAUGGCUUACGUGACUGCCACAAGCGCUGCUCUUGUCACAGCUGUGGGGCUCAACCUCUCCACCAAGAGUGCGCCACCGCUGGUGGCCCGCUGGGUCCCUUUUGUGGCCGUGGCAGCUGCCAACUGCGUGAAUAUACCCAUGAUGCGGCAACAAGAGAUCAUUAAAGGAAUCGUCGUGACUGAUGAGAACGGAAAUGAACUUGGACAUUCCAGGAAGGCGGCUGUGAAGGGAAUCGCGCAGGUGGUGGUCUCGCGAAUCACCAUCGCCGCGCCCGGCAUGAUUAUCCUACCAAUCGUCAUGCAGAGGUUGGAAAAAUACGCAUUUAUGCAGCGGAAGCGGUUUCUGCUUGGCCCGAUACAGCUUGUCCUCCUGGGAUGCUUUUUGACUUUCAUGGUGCCAGCUGGAUGUGCACUCUACCCUCAAACCUGCUCCAUGGAGGUGAGCCACCUGGAGCCCGAGUUGCAGAAGUCGAUCGUCGACAAACACGGCGACGCCGUGGCGAGGGUCUUCUUCAACAAGGGACUGUGAGCUGCUGCCGCCGCACGCAAGGGCCAGCCAAAAUGUGGAUUCCAUCGCGACGCCGUUGAAGCAGCCGUGAGGCAACCCCUUGACCUACCAUCACGCCAACGCUUUGGCUCGCCGUCGAACGAAGACGGUCAACGCGUCGCGCGCUGCGGCGGUCUGGAAAGCUCUUCCGAUAAUAAUAAUAAUUAACAUUUCUUUGUAAGGCGCCUUCCACUAAUGUCUGAAGGCACCCUGUAAAAAUAGGGUUAAGGAAAGGCCAAGAGAGAAUGAGAAGCUAAAUAGAAUAAAUGGACGUAAGAAGGUGUGUUUUUAGACGACGCUUAAAAGUGUCCACAUUAUUGGCUAUGAUGGCGCCACUUAGCUCAGGGUACACAUCGCAGACAGCCAGGGAUUCCGUGCCUCCUGCGGCUCCUCUCCCUCCAGCGGCCGCUAGGUUCCGGCACCCCCCCCCUCUCUCUCCCCCCUCCCUCUCUCUCCUCUCUCUCCCCUCUCCCUCUCUCUCCUCUCUCUCCUUCUCUCUCCUCUCUCUCCCCUCUCCCUCCAUUUCUUUUUUUUAUGCGUCUGUAGCGCUUUUUACAAUUUCAACAGGUGAGGCUCGUCGUCACGUCGAACAUUAAAACCGCAGCCACACACUCUAAAGCACACGUUCAUAAAGCGCUAUGUGCGUGCCGUGGCACUCCCCUUGGUCACCUCAGCCUAAAAGUAACAUGAGGGUGGUGCGUAGACAUCGAUAUCACAGUAGCUCAACAUGAAAACCAAACCCCUCUAAAAUGUGCAACAUAAACAAAGGCGAAGCACAGUAGCCCGGCGUGUGGUCUGACGAAAACGAUCAACCAUUUUUCUUUACCAAGUAAGGCCCACUGAGCUAUGUAGCUGUGCUUCAGAAGCAAGCUGGCUAUCACAAAUGAUAGCUCAACAAAGUGUUUCAUGUGGACAUUUAUAGCAGACAAGUACUUCAAAACCACGUGAUGACGAUUCUAAAUGUGGAGAGAAAAACCGGAGGGAUUAAUCCACACGGCCAAAAGUGGAACACAAAAACUCCAAAUAUCGUGGCGUCAGCGACCGGAUCGCAGUCUGUGACAGGAGGCGACACGAGGCAUCUGUGGCGUGCCUGUGGGAGCUGUCCCUUCAGCACCACCCCCCCCCCCCCGGUGUCUCUGCAAGGGGCCAGCAAAACGUCAACACUGAGCGGUGCUUCCAGUGAUGACCACACGAGCCACAAGUGGGCCUACUGCUGACCCUGACCCGGGCGUGAUCGGUCCGUACGGGUGGUGGUGAGGGUGGUAGUGAGGGUGGUGGUGAGGGUGGUGGUAAGGGUGGUGGUGAGGGUGGUGGUGAGGGUGGUGGUGAGGGUGGUGGUGAGGGUGGUGGUGAAGGUGCUCGGCUGCGGCGCCUCUGUUCGGAAUACAGCAGCCCAAAGCCCACGGCGAGCAUUCAGACGCUGUCGCUCCCCUGGCGAUCACGUUGCUGCUCCUGCUAUCACCGCUGCUGGUGGUGGUGGAGCUGCCAUUGCUGCCAACUCCUUGUAUGAGGCUUAUCAAGGCCAGCAUCUCAAGGCUGGGGCAGCUGUAGCUCUCCUGGGAGGACCAGCUGUCCUCCCAAGGGGGUAGCUGUUGCUGCUGCUGUUGUUGACACAAAUGUUGCUGUUGAUGGUCCAGCUGGGGCGGGGAGAAGGCGCCAGAGUUUUGCGGUGAACACUUGAGCCUCUUCCUCCUGCGCUGAUACGAGCCAUCAUCAAACAUGUUUGCAGCCGCCGGGUCCACGACCCAGUGAUUGUUUCUGCCCGGCCGGCCCGGCUCUUUGGGCACUUUAAUGAAGCAGUCUUCAAACGUGAGGCAGCGACGGAUACCGUUUUUCCACUUCUUGUCAUUUUCCUGAUAGAAGGGGAAGUUCUCAGUAAUGAAGCAACGGAUGUACCUCACUGUCAGGCGCCCCUCGGCCGAGACGACAAUCGCCAUCGCUAUGAGAGCGAUGUACCCCCACCUCCUCCAUCUCCACCACCUCCACUUCCUCCAUCUCCUCCUCCACCACCAACACCACCUCCUGUCACCGCUGAGUCAACUUGCUCAUCAAUUACUCCCACCUCUCCAUCGUCCAGCCGGGCGAAUUCCCUCUCAGCCAUCGCAACGUCCAUCCCAGACUACGGUCUCGCGCAGAGGGCCUCGCAGACACACUCACGGCAUCGCACGGACACGGUGGGAGUGGGGGAGGACGCUGGACAGCGAAGACUCUGCCUGGCCGACGUUUUGCAGCUACACCUGGCAGGCGUCACGCGGACGCUGAGAGCGGCUGCGAUUCUUGAUAGUCGAUGGAGAACUCUCUCCCCCACCCUCUCUCCCUAUCCCUCGCCCUCUUCCCUCGCCAGCUCCCUCUGGGAGGAAGCGAGGCUCUCUCUCGAUCUCUUCCUCUCACUCCCUCCCACUAUCUCUCUUUUUUUGUUACGAUCAGAGGAAACAAGAAGAUGCUCGGUGUAGUCGGCACUUUGCUU